AUAUUCACUCCGGCUCUGUUGCCAUCACAACUGUAGAGUCCCUUCAGUCUAUCCUCUAAGGAUGUACCAAUCACGAUUUGGUUUUGGGACUAAGAGACUCCAUGGUCAUCACAAUGAGGGUAGAGAGAAGAUAGAGACGAGCCACAAGCACAACUGGUCCUGCCGCUGUGGCGCGCCAGCGACUCUCUACACGCCUUUCCCUUUCGGUGAUGGCCCGGAAGAGGUUCCUUAUUGGUGGAGUCAUCAAGAAAGUCUUUGUCUUCCAUUUCUCUGCAAUUUUCUAGUCAAGGGUCCUUCGGCAAUGGAGGGAAUGCUUGGACUGCUCAGGAUUCGGGUAAAAAAAGGCAAGAAUCUUGCUGUUCGUGAUACCCGUAGCAGUGAUCCUUUUGUCGUCGUCACCAUGGGUCCCCAGAAGUUGAAGACCAGUGUGGUGAAAAACAGCUGCAAUCCUGAAUGGAACGAAGAACUCACUCUUUCUAUCAAAGAACCUAUCGUUCCAAUCCAUUUAACAGUUUAUGACAAAGACACGUUUACUGUGGAUGACAAAAUGGGUGACGCGGAGAUAAGCAUUGAACCUUAUAUGGAAGCUUUGAGAACGCACAAGAGCUUGCAAGAUCUUCCAGAUGGUUCUGCACUCAAGAAAAUACAGCCAGACAAGAAAAACUGUCUUGCUGAUGAGAGCAGCAUUGUCUGGAGAAAUGGCAAGAUCGUCCAAGACUUGAAUCUGAGGUUGAAUAACGUAGAGUGUGGGGAAGUGGAGGUCCAACUGGAGUGGAUUGAUAUUCCAGGUUGCAAGGGUCUGGGAGGCGAAGAAAUGCUGAAGAAGGAUUGAUUUAAAUAUAUAUUUAAAGUUUCAUUCUACCCUCUGGAAACUUGAAACAUAGUUUAACAUAUUUCCCUGUAAUUUUAUUUGAACUAAUGUAUUAUUGUAGUAAAAUCAUAUUGUAUCUCGAUGAAAUGGCUAGGGUUCGAGCGGUUCUAAUUUGGUUAAAUCACCAUUUUUGUCCGU